AUGGUGACCAGGGGACUCUGGAACUUGCAUGUCAAUGAUCCUGUCCCAUUUCCGACACCGCUUCAUUUUCAACUCGAUUAUGUCUAUACCAUUGAUGAAGAUGCCGGUCAUUUUACAGUCACCCAUUGGGAAAGCGUGAAUGAGGCUCUAUACCCAAGAAUCCGACGUGCGACGUUGGCCAGCAUUCGAGAGACAUCGCUCAGUACAAUAGACACGCUGCUUGAUGAUGUGCUGGAAGUGCCUAGGUACAAGAAUUACUCACUGGGUGAUUUAAGUGACGAAACCGAUGUGCAACAUCUAUUGAAUUCAUUCCACAUUAAGCCCAGUGUCCCCGCGCGGCUAAACGAGCUACAAUUUCAGCUCUUUACAGACUUUAUUUUCACAUGGCGAUUUUAUUUCGACGCCACUUCUACCUGGGAAAGCUCGUUUCCCAUUUUCGCCGCCUUUGCUAUUGGACUAUUACGUAUCGCAGCAUGGGACUUUGAAGUUCGAAACAUGGACACUGAGGACCUGCCGAUCACAUUUUCAACCCUUCCAGAAUGGAAAGCACCUGCCGACAAUGUAUUCUGGUUCCACAAAUAUUUGAUCGUGUGCUGCACCACCGACCAAAUUAGUGCUUCGCUGGCUAAGAAAGCAACUGAUUUUGCAUCCCGCAAUAACAACCGCGCAGGGACUGUUCACGGAAUAGUCAUUCCAAUACGUCAUAUCGCACUUUUUGAGAUUCGCAAUGGCGAUCUACUUCAUUCUCCCCCUAUUCCUCUUGUUACCAAUACUUCCGCAAUGUCUUGCUCCCCCGGAUUCAAGAUAUUAACGUAUAUAUUCACUUCAAAUCACCGGGCUGGAUAUUCAGCGCAGUCUGAAGAGUAUUGGGGAGUUACAAUACCCACAGAGCUAUUCGACAUGAUAAUUAAUGCAUCCACGCCGAGAGAUCUGGUCUCAAUGGCGCAGUCGUCUAUUUUGGUUGAGAAAUGGUAUUACUCUUCUAUUCCACAAAUUCACGGCCUCAGUAUCCGCGACUUUGCCCUCUCAAUACCAUGUUGCGGCAAGCGAAAUACAUCGGGUGCCCUUGGGGUUUUCUGCUCGAUCUGCUAUGCUUGGUAA